AUGUCUUGCCCUGAGUGCAUCACCGGAGUUGUUCACGAGGGGACCCCAACGGGCACGGAGACGACAAUCGGCGGUCUUUCCGCAUACACUGUCGGCGAAUCGACGACACAGAUCAUUGUUGUUGGCGUCGACGUAUUUGGCUGGAAGUUCAACAACACGCGCCUCCUCGCAGACGAGUACGCGGCACAUGGCUUCCGGGUAGUCAUUCCCGACCUCUUCAAUGGCUUCGAGGUUCCUCAGUGGACUCUCUCUGCGCGGGACCCGACCAACGAGGCGCCGUCUUUGGUGCAGAGAUUCAUUGCCCGCCCUCUCUCGCUGUCUAUCCUGAUCCCUUUCGUCGUCCGCAACGGCCAAGCCUCUCAGACCGCUCGCAUCACGCUCGUUACUGAGCAACUGCAGAAGGACUAUCCCGAGGCCAAGAUUGGAUUCGUCGGCAAGUGA